UCCUGAAAGCUCUGAUUGUAAAAGCGUGCAGUCUUCAAUGACUCACAUGUUCACAGUUGGGAAUAUAACCUACAAUUAGUUGCGUGAUCUGACAUAUGACUGAUUACAGAAGACCGGAGGACCGGAGUAUAGCAGUAUUUGAUUACCAAUUAUUUAAGUAAUAGUUUAAAGUAACGAUGGGAGAAACCGAGAUUGAAAAACUGUCGUUGGAGCCAGCCGGGGACGAAGAGGAUGUGGUAAACCCAUGGAGUGUACAAAGCAAAAACGAUGCCGGAAUAGAUUACGAAAAAUUAAUCAAAAGAUUCGGAAGUUCGAAAAUCGACGAAGAGCUUUUGACUCGUUUUGAGAAGCUGACCGGGAAAAAACCCCAUCACUGGCUGAGAAGGGGGAUAUUUUUUUCCCAUCGAGAUGUUCACGUGAUACUGAACAUGUACGAGCAAGGAAAGCCCUUUUACCUUUAUACAGGAAGAGGGCCGAGUUCAGAGUCCAUGCAUUUGGGUCACUUGAUUCCGUUCAUGUUCUGUAAAUGGUUACAGGAUGUAUUUGACGUACCACAAGUAAUUCAGCUGACCGACGAUGAGAAGUCAAUAUGGAAGGACCUAAAGAUUGAAGACGCAAUUAAAAUGUCUUAUAAUAAUGCCAAGGAUAUUAUAGCAUGUGGAUUCAAUCCGGAGAAGACGUUUAUCUUUUCUGACUUGGAGCACAUCGGAAAUAAUCCAGCAUUCUAUCAGAACAUGAUCAGGAUACAAAGAUGCGUCACCUUCAAUCAAGUUAGGGGAAUAUUUGGAUUCGGCGACAGUGAUCCAGUCGCCAAAAUAUCUUUUCCUCCGACGCAAGCGGCACCUGCAUUUUCUAGUACCUUUCCAUUCAUAUUUAAAGGUGCAAAAGUCAACUGCCUCAUACCAUGCGCCAUCGAUCAAGAUCCGUACUUUAGAAUGUCCAGAGACAUAGCACCCAGGAUAGGAUUCCCAAAACCAGCUUUAAUUCACUCAUGCUUUUUCCCUGCACUGCAAGGAUCAAAGACCAAAAUGUCAGCCAGUGAUAGUAACAGCGCUAUAUUCUUAAACGACACUCCUAAGCAGAUUAAGAACAAAAUUAAUAAGCAUGCAUUUUCGGGAGGUCAAGCAACAGUCGAGGAGCACAGAACACUAGGAGGAAAUUGCGAGGUUGAUAUUUCCUAUCAGUGGCUCAGGUUCUUCUUAGAAGAUGACGAAAGGCUGAUGGAACUCGAAAAAGGUUACACGGCUGGGGAAAUUCUAACUGGAGAGCUGAAAAAAGAAUUAAUAGAGGUACUGCAGCCUCUGGUUGCAGCGCAUCAAGAAAGAAGAAGCAAAGUAACGGAUGAAGUAGUCAAGCAAUUCAUGGUACCACGAGAUUUAGGUUUCAUUGCGAAAAAAUAAAUAGCAAACUGUUUUGGUAAGAUGCUAGCAUUAUGAAAACUGACCACAGCUUCUGACAUUUAUACAUUGCAAAUUUUAUUUAUUCCGGCAAAAAAAAAACAAUAAAACAGUUGCUCCAAA